AUGAAUGCGAGUGCUGUAAGAUCAGACGCUUUCGGCACCGCCGUUUAUGCUGUUGUCGAAGUGGCACCCCGCACAGACGGAUGGGGUCCGGAGAGAAUGCAGGAGGAGGAUUCCCUCACACCCAAGAUGCCAGACAGAGGAUCUACUCAGCAUCUUGUCGCUGGCGUGACCAAGGAGAUGGAGAUGAAGGGAAAAAGAAGCGGCCAGGUACCUCGAGCUUGCAAGUCGGUAUCUGAGAGCGGGAUGAUGGGCCCAGGAGCCAAGACCUUUGACCCUGGUCAUACAUGGAAGCCUUUCUAG